GCCCAACGCGCCAUCCUCCCUCUGAUCUCCCCAGUACCUGGUGCUCAUGCUCAUUGUCUUCAUCUUCGAGUGCGCCUCCUGCAUCACGUCCUAUACCCACCGUGACUACAUGGUGUCUAAUCCAUCCCUGAUCACCAAGCAGAUGCUGACCUUCUACAGCGCGGACACCGAACAGGGCCAGGAGCUGACCCGCCUCUGGGACCGCGUCAUGAUUGAGGUGGGCGCGGUGGACCGGUGCUGGGAGGGCCUGGGGCUCCCGCUAUUUCCUCUUGUAGAGGAGUGAGUGCC